AUGGCGUCGCAGCCGGAGGUGUUCUCCUCUCCCUCCGUGUCCUCCAGUGCCUACUCUCGCUCCAAGAGGCUCAAAGUCGAGAACGCUGCCUGGGACGUGUCCCUUCAGCUGGGGGACGAUGCUUACUACCAGCAGAGCCCCACGCAGGGAGCUGCGCCCUCCGCCUCCAGCUUCAACCCGGUGUACAACCCCAACCAGGCGCACCCGCCGACGGCCGGCUCCAGGGAGCAGACGGUGGUGCGGGCGGCGGACAGCACGGGCAGCGUCCGUGGACCUCCCUCGUCCUCCUCCUCAUCGUCCUCCUCCAGCCGUCGGGCCAAGGAAGCCGCGUCCUCGUCCCAGCCGUGCGACCUCCUCCUCCUCCACCACAGGCAGUACGGCCUGAAGCGGACGAGCGAGGAGGUGGACAGCAGCGACAGCGUCCAGAUACUGGAGGAGCUCUCGGCCCCCGUGGUCUCCAACCGCGCCGGGGCCGGAGGGGGCACCACCACCGCUCAGUCCAUAGCGCAUUCCACCUCCACCGCCAAGAGCAGCAACUCCCACAGCGAGGGAGACUACCAGCUGGUCCAGCACGAGAUUCUGUGCUCGAUGUCCAACAGCUACGAGGUGCUCGAGUUCCUGGGACGCGGCACCUUCGGCCAGGUGGCGAAAUGCUGGAAACGGGGCACGAACGAGAUCGUGGCGAUAAAGAUCUUGAAGAACCAUCCCUCUUACGCUCGCCAAGGUCAAAUAGAAGUGAGCAUCCUCAGCAGGCUGAGCACAGAGAACGCAGAUGAGUUCAACUUUGUCCGCUCGUACGAGUGUUUCCAGCACAAGAACCACACGUGCCUCGUGUUUGAGAUGCUGGAGCAGAACCUGUACGACUUCCUGAAGCACAGCAAGUUCAGUCCGCUGCUGCUCAAGUGCAUUCGGCCCGUUCUGCAACAGGUCGCCACGGCCCUGAUGAAGCUCAAGAGCCUGGGUUUGAUCCACGCUGACCUGAAGCCUGAAAACAUCAUGCUGGUCGACCCUCUGAGGCAGCCGUACCGAGUGAAGGUCAUCGAUUUCGGCUCCGCCAGCCACGUGUCCAAAGCGGUUUGCUCCACCUACCUGCAGUCUCGAUACUACAGAGCGCCGGAGAUCAUUCUGGGCCUUCCUUUCUGCGAGGCGAUCGACAUGUGGUCGUUGGGGUGCGUCAUCGCCGAGCUGUUUCUGGGAUGGCCCCUUUAUCCUGGCGCCUCAGAGUACGACCAGAUUCGUUACAUUUCCCAGACGCAGGGCCUCCCUGCAGAGUACCUGCUGAGUGCCGGAACCAAGACCAGCCGCUUUUUCAACAGAGGCCCCGACUCGAGCUACCCUCUGUGGAGACUCAAAACGCCUGCAGAGCACGAAGCAGAGAUGGGCAUCAAGUCCAAGGAGGCAAGGAAAUACAUCUUCAACUGUCUAGAUGACAUGAUGCAGGUGAACAUGACAAACCUGGAGGGGACCGACGUCUUGGCAGAGAAGGCCGAUCGGCGGGAGUUCAUAGACCUGCUGAAGAAGAUGUUGACGCUGGACGCAGACAAACGGAUCACGCCCAUGAAGACGCUGAGCCACCCCUUCGUUACCAUGACACACCUGCUGCACUUCCCUCACAGCUCCCAUGUGAAGUCCUGCUUCCAGAAUAUGGACAUAUGCAAACGCAGAUGUAGCGCCUUUGAAAACGGCAAAAAUGUGUUUGCCAGCAACAACACCCCGAGUGCAGCCGCCAACCUCACGGUCACCUUCAGUAGCCAACUCAACCAGCACAACCAGAUGGCCUCGGCGGGAGGCCCGUCCCUGUCCCUCAGCAGCAACGUGCCGUUGCUUAACUACCAGCCCGGCCUCUACCAGCAGGCCACCAUCAACAUUCCCGGCAUAACCCAGCAGGGAGUACCGCUGCAGAGCAGACCCACGCAGCUCUGCGCCCAAGCCGAGCCCUUCCAGCAGACACUCAUCGUUUGUCCUCCCACCAUCCAGGGUCUUCAGACAGCCAAUAAGCCCUCUGGUUAUCCAGUGAGGAUGGACAACUCUGUACCCUUAGUUCCUCAGAACCAGUCGUCCCAGUCUCUGCACAUCCAGCCCAGCAUGUUGGCGCAGCAGGGCUGGCCUGCAGGCACACAGCAGAUCCUCAUCCCUUCCACAUGGCAGCAGAUGCCAAGCAUGGCCCUCCACCCCCCCGGGCAGGCAGCGGUGCCCGAGUCACCCAUGGGAGCCCAGAUACCCGACGGCCAACAAGCGUCUGGCUGGAGGGGUCGUCAUGGAAACCAAUACGAGGGCCUCGGCCAGCAGGACGCCGGUGUGGGCCGCCACGCCGUCUCCCAAGGCCACCACCCGGGGGCCGCUCACUCCAGGUCCCAACAGGGAAAGAGGUCAAAGGCUCGACACGCCGAGAGCAAAGCCAGGCCUGUGUCGUCGGCCACCACCGCGGUCCACAACGCUUCUGCUCCAGCUGCCCAGUCUCAGCCCAUCGUCAUCUCGGACACGCCCAGCCCCGCCGUCAGCAUCAUCACCAUCCACAGCGACUCGGAAGACGACGAUGACAGGAAGUUCCCCGCUGCCUACUCUGGGACAAGCCAGCGGGCCAACGUGAUCAGCUGCGUCACCGUGCACGACUCCGACUCCUCCAACAGCAGCCCCCCGAGCGCCAAGACCACCUCGCAGCCCGCCAAGUCUUUGGCCGUCAUCGCGCCAUCUGUGAAGAACCAGCCGGCGGAGAGCACGAUCCACAAAGCUCCUGCAGCUCCAGGUCCUCCAGAUCAAGCUGGCUCUGGAAAAGCCAAGAAAGGCUCGACUCAGUCGUCCAGUCGGGCAGGAGAUUCCAACUGCGAGCGCCAUCAACGGGCCGCGUCCAGCAGGUCUCAGCCUCUCAACCUGAGUCAGGUGCAGCAGUCUGUGAUGACGCCAUCCCUCGAUCAAACAGGAAGCAGUAGUUCCCUUAGGCGGCAGCCCACGUACCCCCCCGCCGCCUCGUCCUACCGGCUUCACGAGAACACCCUCUUCGGCUCGACCCCGAACCUGUACGCCUACCCGGCGUCUGCCGCCCUGGCGUCCGUGUCCCAAGCUGUGGACCAGAUGCAAGGGGGGUCGUCCGGCCACGGGAGGGCGAGCGGAGCGUACCCUCCCCUGGCGCUGCUCCAGAAGAACGGCAGCCUGGCUCUGGCGACGCUGCCGGGACAGUACGGCAACCAACAGCAGCCGCAGCCGCAGCCGGGAGGGCAGGCAUUCCACCACCACGCCGCCGCAUACCAGCGGAAAGUUAACCAGUACCCGUACCUGUAGAGACUGAAGCGUUGCAGGUCAACCAAAUGAAGCCUGAGACGCCAGACAAGCACAAGCUCACAACGCGCUGCUGUGAUUCCACUUAUAACUUUUCUUUGCUUUCCUGUUUUUUUUUUUUUUUUUUUUUUUUACAACUUUCUGAGAUUAUUUGGCAUAAAGUAAUCAGUAUUUAUAUUUGAAUCAAUGUCGGUUUAAAAAAGGAUAUUCCAAGUUGGAGUUUCUUUGUGUCGCAUACAGCAGGUUAAGAGCAACAAAGAGCAAGUGGAUGAGCACAGGGCAUUUUGAAAUGAAAACAGGGUUUUAAAGCGCUGGCUUUCAGCUUUAAUUCAAGCGCGUUUUUAACCACAACUGAUGAAAUGAGUAGAAAUCUCAGCCCAUCAUACACGGUGCCCAAAGGGGACCAAACGUAAAGCUGCUACUUACAAACUGCCAUGGUGUUUAUUCAUUAUUUUAUUUUAAUGUAAAAAAGUAGUUUUGAGGAGAAACUGGAACUUACUGUUACGCUGAUCUCUGUUGUUGUUGUUAUUAUUGUAAUAAUUAUGAUUAGCUAAUUGUGUAAAAGUUGCAUUUUACAUUAAUUUAUAUCUCCAUAAGUCAAUUUCUAUUUUUAACUUGUCAAUGUCAGGACAUUGUGAUAAACGAGAUGUUUAAUUUUACACCUCAUGUUUUAUGUUUUCUGUUUAAAAAAAAAAAAAAAGAAGCAAAUAAGCAAUGCUGUAUUUUAAUAAUGUCUCACUGUGUUCUUCAACUAUUCCAUGUUGUUUCUGUUUUAGUGCUGGCCAUUGACCUAUAAUAUUUCUAUGUGUAGUAUGUGAAUUGAUUACAUUUCAGCGCAGAGUAAGGUGGGAUUCGGAAGGAGCUGUUGUGUUUCUUUGCAGUUACGGAUAUUCUUAAGGUUGCAUGUGUCGGACAUGAAGAAGCAUUUGUGAAAGCUUCGUAAAAGAUGCAGAGAUUUUAAGCGUCGCUCGCAAAAUGAUGUAUUAUUAAUAUUAAGCUAAAUUUGUACAACAAAAACACUUAGGAUGUUGGGAAAAUGUAGAAGCUCUUGUCUUGUUAAGUGAUGUCUGUGAAGUAAACGCGUGCACAUAAAAACAUGGUUGGGUGCCACAGUCUCCUGUCAAAACUCCUGUCAUGCAACUGUAAAAUUCAUUUGUUGUGCGUUUCAGUUUUGGAUAAUCAAAUGUGACAAAAGAAAGAUGUUUAAAAAUUUAAAUCAAUGUUCAAUAUGUACUUGCUUCUAUACAAAUCAUAGUUUUGUGAAAAAAAUGUUUUUCCUACAACCCUGCUGCGAUUCCACAGAACGCACAAUGAACCUUAAGCCGUAAUAAAAUCCUCAUUCAUGGUUGAA